UGUUGGGGGUGAGAACAGCAGUUCAGAAGAUGACCGCAGCAGCAUCCCCGUGGCCCUAAAGCUAUGAAGAAGCGCUUGGAAGAGAACGCACACUGGAAGUCAGCGUACCGAGCGUACCACACAAAGCGAGGCAGCGGAACGCGAAGCUAGAACCUAGAACCUGCAUGGUGAAAACUGGUGAACGUCACGUUGGGAAUAGUGGCUAUAGGCUGCUCUGGGGAAUUUGAGGUUCUUGGUUGUUUCAUUAUGGAUUUUUUGAAUUGGACUGUUUAAUAAAUAAACGAAUGAAUAGACUGAAAGGUUAGUUUUUAUUUUAGGCGUUUUUUAGUUUAGUUUAGUUGGAUUUUUUGCUUAGUGUCUCUUGGUUAUUGGUCAUUUUCUUGGAUGGGACCUGCGCGCAACCAUGCCAUGAUGCGCCAAGGCUCGCGCUGAAUUUGGAUCUCCAGAUCUCUAGAUCUCCAGAGGGCUACAAAUCAAGUUAUUGUUCAGUCUGGAUGGUGCACCGGUUGGGGAUCAGUUUUGUUAUUCUGUCAGCACUUCAUUAGGAGCAUCACUGAAUGACCAAAGACUUUCUUAGAACUUAGAACCUAGAUCUGCUUUAGAACAUUUAUUCAAUGUGUGCAUCAAUCCAGCUUUGACUUAUCUAUCGGAUGGAAGCCCAACGCGUUGCGUUCCAGCACGGAAAGUGGAUACUUUUACACCCUGAUCUCUUCUGCACUUUGUUGCAAUACUUUUUCUACUUUUCUUACACGCGUAAAUCGCGCGUAAACCGUGCGUGAAGCGUGCGUGAAGCGUGCACACACAGCCUUACACGUCCUUAGGCUGCUUCCUCUCCAUUCCAGUCCCGGGACGCGCGGCACGGACUGUCCUCCUCUUCGUGUUAGGUGGGCGGGGAGGGGGAGAUUUUGGAGAAAAUGAGAACGUUCGCCCUGAAGGUGCUCUGCUUUGCCGUCUGCGUCCUCCCCAGCCUCUGCACUCCGCCGCCGGACACCGAAGCCCAGAGCGCGUCUCCGCAGGACACCUGCGCAUCGUGUGGCCUCGGCCAGGCGGACGAGUCGAGGCGCGUGGACGUGGAUUUCCUGGAGGCGGUGAAGCGGCACAUCCUCAGCAGACUGCAGAUGCGGGACAGACCCAACAUCACGCACCCCAUACCAAAGGCGGCCAUGGUGACCGCGCUGCGCAAGCUGCACGCCGGCAAAGUGCGCGAGGACGGACGCGUGGAGAUCCCCAACCUGGACGGCCACGCGAGUUACGCCAAUGAGGUGGAGGAGGAGACCUCGGAGAUCAUCAGCUUCGCGGAGACAGAUGAACUGCUCUCCUCCAAGUCCAGCCUGUUUUUUGUGAUCUCCAACGAGGGCAACCAGAACCUCUACGUGUCUCAGGCCAACCUGUGGCUUUACUUCAAGCUGCUGCCCUCACCCUCGGAGAAGGGCUCUCGCAGGAAGGUCACGGUGAAGGUGUACUACCAGGAGCCAGGCUUGAGCAGCAAGUGGAACCUGGUGGAGAAGAGGGUGGACCUGAAGCGCAGCGGCUGGCACACGUUCCCACUGACUGACGCCGUGCAGCUGGUCUUCUCUAAGGGUGAGCGGCGGCAGAACCUCGACAUACGCUGCGAGGGCUGUGAGGCGGCUGGUGUCCUGCCGGCCUUGGUCAACUCGGCCGACGAGGCGCACCGUCCUUUCCUGGUGGUCCGGGCCCGAGCGAUGGAGGACAGCAAGCACCGCAUCCGCAAGCGCGGCCUGGAGUGCGACGGCAGCAGCAGCCUGUGCUGCCGCCAGCAGUUCUACAUCGACUUCCGCCUCAUCGGCUGGAACGACUGGAUCAUCGCGCCGUCUGGAUACUUCGGGAACUACUGCGAGGGGAAAUGCCCGGCGUACAUGGCCGGGGUGCCCGGGUCAGCCUCCUCGUUCCACACGGCCGUGGUUAACCAGUACCGCAUGCGCGGCAUGAGCCCCGGCUCCAUGAACUCCUGCUGCAUCCCCACCAAGCUCAGCACCAUGUCCAUGCUGUACUUUGACGACGAGUACAACAUCGUCAAGAGGGACGUGCCAAACAUGAUUGUGGAGGAGUGUGGUUGUGCUUGAGCUGGGAAUGUUUAAAGUAGAAGUUUGCUGAAAAACGUACAAUUUACACUACAAUUUACAACUUACAACUUUCUCCUUAAGUCCAAACGGUCAAACAGUCAAAGCAUGUGGUGAUCUGAGUUUCCUCUGAGUUUGCUCUAAAACUAAUUUAAGCUUAUAGCCAGCAUUAUACACACUUCAUAGCCAAAUCAUUAAAGGGAGGGAGGGAUGAUAUCAUUAGACAAUAGCCUACAUACACCAACAUCACCAUCUGUGCUUAAAAAUAAAAUAACAUAGGUGAAUGAUAAUUAUCAUAAUCCCACUGUAAAAAAACACAAUGUGUGCAACAACAAUAGCAACAAAAAAACUGGCAGCACAUUUUACCAAAUAUUUUUUUUGCUUGUUGACUAAACGUAAAAGCAAUUGUUGCUCAGACUUUGAUCAAGACAUGCAGAGUUUGUCAGGAUUAAAUAUAUCAUACACUUUCUGAUACAAAUUCUAUAAACAAUUUUAAUUUAAUUUUAUUGCUUAAUGACAAAUUCCAUUAUCUGUACUACAAAUACACUUAAAAGUUAUUAGCAAUCUUUAUGUUGCUAAAAAUCUUUUAGCAACAUACCUUCAUAAUGAAAAAUAAUAAUACUAAAUCCUUUAACGAUAAAAAUAAAAAAGUAAGGUACACAAAAACAACUAAGUUGCAUUACUAAACCCCUAAAACUGCAUCAGUGUCAACUGCCUCAAAUCUCUUUCAAGCUGGUUUAGCUGGUUUACAGGAAUUACCAAUCUGACAAAGCUAAAUAUCCAGCAUGACCAAACUUGGCCAAAAUUAAAUGCAACAUACAUUAUGUUGGUCAAGAGUUGGUCAACUGGCUUACCUACCAUUACAGGGUAUGUUUUACUCAAAAGACCAGCUUUUCAACCACUGUGAUCAUCAAAAACAAGCUUAAAUCCUCUAAAACCAGCUACCAUUGAUUGAUGAUUUAUUCUUAGAAUGGAACAUAUUUUGUGUAUUCUUAACCUGUGACUAUUUACUUUAUCAGUAAAGCAAAGAUUUGCUAAUCAUUAAUUACAGUUUUCUAGCAUUAGUUAAAAAAGUUGGGUCAAUAUGAGUGGCUGAACCAUGCCUUCCACAAUAAUUUGGCCAUUACUUGUUAGCUAUUGUAGUUGUUUUAGCUUUGUAGCUUCAACGCAAAACUACAGACGCAAACUUCAGACAUCAAACAGGCCUUGACUGAUCAUCUUUGUAAGAAUCUGAUUGAUCACGGACAUCCUUAAUCAUCAAAUCAAGACUGAUGACGUUGUAAAUGUUCGGCAAAAUACAUUUGAAAGGAAAACAGCAGAUUUACAGUCAGAUAGUGAUAUUUAUGAACAUCCACAUAUCAUCGACAUAUCCAUCAUCACCUACACACACUUCAUGCAUGCGCAGACCUACUUGUACAUAUAUUUAUAUUCGUUAAUAUCCCACGGUAGAAGCAUUUAUCAGUCCGGCUGUCAAACGAUUCAGUCUACGAGCACAGUUCUGUAUAAUAGGUGACGAGGUCAAAGAGACGGCGAUGUUUGGGGUCAGGAUUUAACAGUUUGUACUUUUCUUUUAUUUCUUUUCUCUCCUCUGAGUAAUGGACUGUACGGAGGAGGGGAGGGAAACUGGGGUCUGGAGAAGAGACGUGAGCCUUAUGAAACAAUGGCCUGGACUUUAUUUUAUUAUUACAUCUUUCUGUAGAACUGCCCACAACUGCAUACAAAAGCACUGACCCAGGACUGUUAGUGACCACCGACAGUACUCCAGUCAACAGCAGCACUUGCCAUGACCAGAUCUUCAACUCUGGCGUCAAGCUGAAUACAGAGAUCUUCCAUUUUUUCCAUUGUUUUUUUUUUAGUUGUUUGCCUUGGGUUCUGCUUUCUCAUCCUGAACUCUGCGGCCCUCAUCGUCUCAGAAAUGCUGCAUUUUUUAAGCAUUCUCAGUAAUGAGUUUCACUACAGCGGGACACGAGCAGGCGUCCCACCACUUCCAGGCACCCAGGGGGUCAUUCAUAAAGCAUGAGACAUGACUUUAGUGGGGUUUUUAUUUUAUUAUUUUUUUUGGUUUGAGUUUUAGACCAGCCUACAUGGUGGGAGGGGUUUGCUUAUUCAUGUGACAAGCUGUAAACAGUGCGCAGUGGGAGCAGUGGAACCAUCGGCCACCUCCGCCGAACACUAGGACACAGUGCCCUUUGGAACACACAUCCAAAAAGUACUUAAAACAACUGAAGCAUAUGAUAUUCUCUCUCUUCUCUCGAGCUGCCAUAUCGUUCUGUUGGCUACGGGUGCAAAAAUGCACUUGCAAAAAAAAAAAAGUAUAAAAAAGUAAAAAAAAUGAACAAACAUGAAAAAAAGCUAAAUGCACAUUUUAUAGCACUUGCUGAUCGAAAUGCCUUUAAAGGGUAUCCAGUGGCGCACCUGUGCUUGCUCACAAUCCUUUUAUUUUUUUAUUUUCUCUCUUAUUUCGAAAUAAGUGCCGCAUGAACUAUGCAAUGUAUAGUACCGACCCACACCGGACAGACUGAACCUUAGCUACUAGUCGUAAAACUCUCUUUCAAUACUUGAAAACGUCGCUUCCUUUAUCCAAGCGAAUGGUUGUUACAAUGUUUGCACUGAAAACGAUACAAAUUUGAAAAAAAGAAGAAGAGUAAAGCAUUGUUAGAAAGAAAAGAAAACAAACUGCCAUUGAAAUACUAAUAAUAAGAAAAAAAGUUAUUUUUAUAAAAGCAAACUGAAUUCUGUUCAAAUGUAUUAUACGGAAUCAUGGAACCAAAGAGGCCAAGAUUUUCUAGCUAUUAUAAGAUGGCAAGACCGUCACGUUAUAAUGUAAAAUACUUUUUUGAUCGUGUAAUAAGAGGCCUAAACACUGUAUCAGGGUACGAUAUUACGGAUUCCAUUUUCAGCUCAAUUUCCUUUUUUUUCCUUUUUUCCUUUCUUAUUUUGUACAGUAGACAAAUUGAAUAUUUCAUAUUUUUUCAUCAACUUUAAUAUUUUCAGUUUUUCUAUUUAAUACUUCUAGUUCCUAUUCAAGAAUCAUUUAGAUGAUCAAAUACAUGCCAUCUCUGUACAGCUUAUGUAAAAUAAAGAAUGCUUUUAAAUAUUUUGUUCUUUGUAACUGUUAUGAAAUAAAUUUCUUAUUCUGCA